AUGCUGUCCCCGCGUGACGGAGGCGACGCGCGGACUACGCUUCCCGGCGUGCGUCGCGCGCACCCCUUGGCCCCAGGUGCCCCGUUGGCUGUUGGGAAACUGAGUCCGGAGCCUUCCCACCAGCCUUCACGGCACCGUGCUCGGUACUUGAAGUCCCGGCAAGCUCGGCGGCGCUUGAGCUCCGCCCCUCUCCUCCUCCGCUCGCGAACCUCCCCAGCCCGCCCCGCCCCGCGCCGGGGCCGGAGCCGCAGCCCGAGCGGCGGGGUGACCAUGGAGGAGGAAGAUGAGCCUCGAGGGAAGACAGAGGAGUCGGGCGAGGAGAGGGGCGACGGCCCGCCGGACCGAGACGCCGCGCUCUCCCCGUCCGCCUUCAUCCUGCGGGCCAUCCAGCAGGCCGUGGGCACCUCCCUGCAGGGGGACCUGGCGAAUGACAAAGACGGCUCCAGGUGCCACGGCCUCCGCUGGAGGCGCUGCCGGAGCCCUCGCUCGGAGUCCCGCUCCCAGGAGUCCGGGGGACCUGACACGGCUGCUGUGUUGGACAUGGCCGCUGACAGCUUCCUGGCGGGCUUGGUGAGCGUCCUGGACCCCCCCGACACCUGGGUCCCCAGCCACCUGGACCUGCAGCCUGGCGAAAGCGAGGACAUGCUGGAGCUGGUGGCCGAGGUCCGCAUCGGGGACAGGGACCCCAUCCCGCUGCCGGUGCCCAGCCUGCUGCCUCGUCUCAGGGCCUGGAGGACGGGCAAAACGGUUUCUCCUCAGUCUCCUUCUCAACCCACCCGUGCCCGCCACCUCCUCACCCUGGGCACUGGGGACGGGGGCCCUGCCCCACCCCCUGCCCCCUCCUCUGCGUCCUCCUCACCUUCUCCUUCCCCCUCAUCCUCUUCCCCUUCCCCCCCUCCCCCACCGCCCCCCCCUGCCCCCCAAGCCCAGCCUGCCCCUCGGUUCGACAUCUACGACCCCUUCCACCCCACCGAUGAGGCCUAUUCCCCGCCGCCUGCACCGGAGCAGAAGUACGAUCCCUUUGAGCCCACCGGCUCCAACCCCAGCUCCUCCGCUGGGACCCCCUCGCCUGAGGAGGAGGAAGAGGAGGAGGAGGAGGAGGAGGAAGAGGAGGAGGAAGGCCUGUCCCAGAGCAUCAGCCGCAUCUCCGAGACGCUGGCGGGCAUCUACGAUGACAACAGCCUGAGCCAGGACCUCCCAGGUGACGAGAGCCCCCGGCAGGACCCCCAGCCCCCACAGCCCGCCGCGGCCCCGGGCACGCCGCCCCAGGCGGACUCCACCCGCGCGGACGGGGCCCCCCGCCGCCGCGUCUUCGUCGUGGGCGCCGAGGCGGAGGCCUGUCGGGAAGGCAAGGUCUCCGUGGAGGUGGUGACGGCCGGCGGGGCCGCCCCGCCGCCCCUGCUGCCGCCCGCUGACUCGGAGAUCGAGGAGGGCGAGAUCGUGCAGCCGGAGGAGGAGGCCAGGAUGGCGCUGCCCCUCUUCCGGACCAGCCGGGCCGCCCGCCCGCCGCCCGCCGCCCCGGCCCCCGCCGCCCAGCCCCCGGCCCCGCCGCCCGCCGCCCGCGCCCCGGAGGGCGACGACUUCCUGUCGCUGCACGCCGAGUCGGACGGCGAGGGCGCGCUGCAGGUGGACCUGGGGGAGCCGGCGCCCGCGCAGCCCCCCGCGGACGCCCGCUGGGGCGGCCUGGACCUCCGCCGCAAGAUCCUCACGCAGCGGCGGGAGCGCUACCGCCAGCGCUCGCCCUCCCCGGGCGCCGCCGCCGCCGCCGGCCCGCCCGCCCGCAAGAAGUCCCGGCGGGAGCGCAAGCGCAGCCCCGAGGCCAAGGAGCCCGCCGCCGCCGCGCCCCCCGCGCCCGCCUCCCCCUGGGACUCCAAGAAGCACCGCUCCCGCGACCGCAAGCCCGGCUCCGGCUCCGGCUCCGGCUCCCACGCCGCCGCCGCCCGCCGCCGCUCCCGCUCCCGCUCCCGCUCCGCGCGCCGCCGCUCCCGCAGCCCCGACCGCCGCCGCGGGGGCAGCCGCCGCUCCCGCUCCCGGGACAAGCGGCGGCGCCGGCGGCGCUCGGCCUCCCCGCCCCCGGCCGCCUCGUCCUCCUCGUCGUCCCGGCGCGAGCGGCACCGGGGCAAGCACCGCGAGGGCGGCGGCAAGAAGAAGAAGAAGCGGUCCCGGUCCCGCGGCGAGAAGCGCUCCGGGGACGCCGACAAGGGCCCGGCGCCCGCCCCGCCGGCCCCCGGCGCCGCCUCGCUGGGCGCCGAGCGCGACCGCCGCCGCGGCGCCGUGCCGCCCUCCAUCCAGGACCUCACGGACCACGACCUCUUCGCCAUCAAGCGGACCAUCACGGUGGGCCGGCCCGACAAGCCCGACCCCCGCGGCCCGUCGCCCGCCCCCGCCGCGUCGCCCAAGCGCGAGGUGCUGUACGACUCGGAGGGGCUGAGCGCCGAGGAGCGGGGCCGCGGCGACAAGGACCGGCGCCGCUCCGGGGCCUCCUCCCGCGAGAAGGCGUCGCGGCGGAAGGCGCCGGACGCGGGGGAGCGGGACCGGGACCGGGACAGGUCGUCCAAGAAGGCCCGGCUCCCCAAGGAGUCCGCGCCGCCCGCGGGGCCCCCGCCCAAGCCGCCGGUCAGCAGCGGCUCGGGGUCCUCGUCGUCGUCCUCGUGCUCCUCCUCCCGGAAGGUGAAGCUGCAGUCCAAGGUGGCGGUGCUGAUCCGGGAGGGCGUCAGCAGCACCACGCCCGCCAAGGAGGCCGCGCCCGCCGGCCUGGGCUCCAUCGGGGUCAAGUUCAGCCGCGACCGCGAGAGCCGCUCCCCCUUCCUCAAGCCCGAGGAGCGGGCUCCCGCCGAGGUGGCCAAGGCGGCUCCCGGCAGCGCCAAGCCCAAAAAGACCAAGGUCAAGGCCAAGGCCGGGGCCAAGAAGGCCAAGGGGACCAAGGGCAAGACCAAGCCAUCCAAGACCAGGAAGAAGGUGCGCGGCGCGGGCAGCGGCGGCCCCGGGGGGCCCGGGACCCUGAAGAAGUCCAAGGCCGACAGCUGCAGCCAGGCCGCCGGAGCCAAGGCGGCCGAGGAGACUUCCUGGUCUGGGGAGGAGCGAGCGGCCAAGGCCCCCAGCACCCCGCCCCCCAAGGCCGCCCCUCCGCCCCCCGCCCUCACUCCAGACUCCCAGACUGUGGACAGCAGCUGCAAGACUCCUGAGGUCUCCUUCUUGCCCGAAGAGGCCGCCGAGGAGCCUGGGGUCCGAGGUGGGGCGGAGGAGGAGGAGGAGGAGGACGAAGAGGAGGAGGAGGAAGAGGAGGAGGAGGAGCAGCAGCCUGCCACCACCACGGCCACCAGCACGGCCGCCCCCGCCCCGAGCACGGCCCCUAGCGCGGGAUCCACAGCCGGCGACUCGGGGGCAGAGGACGGCCCGGCUCCCCGUGCCUCCCAGCUGCCCACGCUGCCCCCGCCCCUGCCCUGGAACCUGCCCGCCGGGGUGGACUGCACCACCAGCGGCGUGCUGGCCUUGACUGCACUUCUCUUCAAGAUGGAAGAAGCCAACCUGGCGAGCCGAGCAAAGGCCCAGGAGCUGAUCCAGGCCACCAACCAGAUCCUCAGCCACCGAAAGCCACCCUCCAGCCUGGGGGUGACACCAGCUCCCGUACCCCCCUCUCUGGGCCUGCCCCCUGGCCCCUCCACCUACCUGCUCCCCGGCAGCCUUCCCCUCGGGGGCUGCGGCUCUACCCCCCCCACCCCCACGGGGCUGGCUGCCGCAUCUGACAAGAGAGAGGGCAGCAGCAGCUCCGAGGGACGAGGGGACACCGACAAGUACCUGAAGAAGCUGCACACGCAGGAGCGGGCGGUGGAGGAGGUGAAGCUGGCCAUCAAGCCGUACUACCAGAAGAAGGACAUCACCAAGGAGGAGUACAAGGACAUCCUGCGGAAGGCCGUGCACAAGAUCUGCCACAGCAAAAGUGGGGAGAUCAACCCGGUGAAGGUGAGCAACUUGGUGCGCGCCUACGUCCAACGCUAUCGCUACUUCCGCAAGCACGGCCGCAAGCCAGGGGACCCCCCCGGCCCCCCGCGGCCGCCCAAGGAGCCGGGGCCCCCGGACAAGGGCGGCCCCGGCCUGGGCCUGCCCCUGCCCCCUCUCUGA